UUUUUUUUUUUUGGUUUUACAUUGUAAAUAAAUAUAAUCGUAAUGUCAGACCUACAAAAGAAAUUAGCCCUUAUCGAAGAAGAAACAAAGUGCAGUAUAUGUACGGGUCUUUUCCACGAUCCACACGUAUUGAAUUGCGGUCAUUCUUUCUGUGGCGGAUGCAUUAUUCACUGGUUUGGGCAAAAGAAAUGCUGUCCUAAAUGUCGAGAGCCAGCUAUUCGACAACCUAUUCAAGCCGUUACCCUGCAGAAAAUUUGCGAUGUGUUAAGGCCGGCUAAUGCCAUUGUUGAUCGAAAACUGACACGAGCCGAUUGGGAAUCUUUAUAUCCUGUUGAAAACCAAUCCACCUUUAUUCGCGAUGUAGAUCAAGACGGUGUCAUUAAUCGUUGCUCAAACUGCGGAUGGGAAUUGGAUGAAGAAAAUUUCUGUGGACAGUGUAAUAUUCAAUUCGAUCAUGAUGGAAGUGUCAUAGCGGGUGGAAGUGAUUAUAUGCAUUCGGAUGCAGAGUCUCAUUUGGAAGAAGAGGAAGGGGAUCUAGAAGAUUUCAUUGUAGACAAUGAUCAAGUGGAGUAUGAACACUUGCAGGAUAGCAUCUUGGAUGAUGGGUCUGAAUUGGGUCUCAUUGAAGUCAGCAGUGAUAACCAUAGCGACCACAGCGAUAACCAUAGCGACCACGAAAUCAGUGAAUACAGCGAAGAGGAAGAAGUUCAAGAGCUGAGACGAAAUCAUAGAAAGAGAAGAAGGAUAUUGGAUAGUGAAGAGGAAGGAUCGCAGCAUGGACCGAUUUUGAUCCCAGAUGAUGACCGUCGAAACUCAAUUGUGAUUGAAAGUGAAGCAGAGGAAUCGGAUGAAGAGCAAAUCAGACGUAUAUCCACCGUGAAUCUAGAUGAGGAUUCAGAGGAAGAAUCUGAAGGUGAUAUGGAAUACGCAGAUGAUCCCUUUGAACGACCUCGUAACCCAUACAUUGAUGAAUAUGCUUCUGAGGAAGAAGAAGAACAUCAACCGAGACCUGUCAAAGCAGACCGAUUAUUAGCGUCGAUUCAGAGAGCCCAAGAGAACAUGAAUACUGCAUCUGCAUCUAAAGAGUCUGGUCCAUCCUCUUCUUCAGAAGACAGCGAUGAUGAACCUGCAGAUUAUGAUUUAUAAAAAAAAAAGUCUAAAAAAGUUUAUUUCGUUCUUAACUGUGUAAAAAUGUGAGGGGUGUAGUGUAAUUUGGGGGGGGGGGAC